AUGGCCUCCCACGAUCACACCCAGGGCACAGGCUCCGUCUCUGCAGAUAUCAAGCAUCGCAGCGUGAGCCCAUCACCCCACGCCCAACAGCAAUAUCACGACCCAACCGUGGGUCUAGCCCUGGACCCCUCCAUGUCAGCCGCAUACGGGACAAAUCCGCAAUUUGACACCUCCAAUGCCGAUCCCAGCAUCAGCGGCACCGAAUCUUACGGCUACCCAGCAAAUUACCACUUUUCUGGAGCUGCACAAGCUCAAGGCCUCGUGCCUCCAUCCACUCAGCCUUUCCCGCCAAUGCUGAAUACGACCAACAUCGGGAUGUCACAAUCAUUCAACCCAAACAUGGCAAAUCAACUGGACCCAGGGGUUUCGAGCCUGCAAACAGGGCAGCUCACUGAGAAUUUCUCCAAUCUGCUCAAUUCAAAUACGGGGGAUCUGGAUUUCUCAGCAUACCAAAGCCAUAGCCCUAACAGUGCUAGCGCAUCCGAGUAUGAUUCGUCGCUGCUGUUAGAUCCGCAAAUGCAUCAGCGCCAACAGGCCAUGCACCAAGCGGUCAACCCAGCUGAUCUUGUCAGCCCUAUCUCCAAUCCCUCUGCAUCUUCACACCAUUCUUCGCAAGACCCGCAGCAGUCAUCUCCCGGACCAAUGUCACCUCCCGGAGGGACUCCUGGAGCAUUCUAUACUCCUCGGCAUUCGCGACAUACCUCGCUGGAUCCAGCUGCGGCCGCCUAUCUUAGUGCGCAGGUGAACCCGGACUGGCAGUCCAUGAUGAACAACAACAGUGCCUUCCAGACCCAUCGCCGAGCACCGUCAGAGGUCUCGGAGGUCUCAUCGGCCAACCAUUCACCCUAUUUGUCUCAGCAUGAAUAUGAGGGUAUCGAAAACAAUGCUUCACCUUCCCUUGUGCCGCAGAAUGAUCCCGCGCUGUAUGAAAAUGCCCUCGGCAUUGAGCAGUUUACGCUGUCGGACCAACACCAGCAGGGCUUUAGCCCCGCCCAUAGCCCAUAUAUCUCGCCACGACUGAUGCCCCAGCAGACUAAUGACAUGGUCCCGAGUAUACAGUAUACCUCGACUAGCAAUCAGUUUCCCCCGGCCCCAACAGAAAUGUAUGGAAUGCCAGGUGAUGAUAUGAUGGGAUCAAUUCCCGCAGGCGACAUUGGUCAGGCAUCCCAAAUGGCGCCUCCAUCAAUCAACGUAGAAUUUGCGCCGCCAUCCAGAAGCCCAAGCUUCGGGCCACCCAAACCAGUUGCUAAUUUUGACUCGUUGAGCCCGCCCGCGAUGAGAUCUCGCGUGCGCAGCAAGUCAGAUCCCUACGCACACCCUGCUUCUCGUCAAAGAUCCCCCGCGACCUCAACAACCAGUCUCGAAGCCAUCGCUGCUACCUCCCCGCGAUCGCUAUCGCCCCACUCGCGCAGUAACCCCGGCUCUCGUGAUGCGUCUCCAUCAAGGUCUAACAGGCGUCUUUCCACGUCAUCCAUUGAGAGUCGCAACUACAUUCUAGACUUGGCUGAUCCAGGACGCCCCGGUGCUGCUCCCGGUGACUCGAAGCGCGUUCAAAAGCAUCCGGCCACUUUCCAAUGCAACCUGUGCCCUAAGCGGUUCACCCGAGCAUACAAUCUGCGCUCACAUCUCCGCACGCACACCGAUGAACGACCAUUCGUGUGCACAGUCUGUGGCAAAGCCUUCGCACGUCAACACGACCGCAAGCGCCACGAGGGCCUCCACUCCGGUGAGAAGAAGUUCGUCUGCCGUGGUGACCUUUCACGGGGCAGCCACUGGGGCUGCGGUCGUCGUUUCGCGCGUGCGGAUGCCCUCGGUCGCCAUUUCAGGUCCGAAGCUGGCCGCGUCUGCAUCAAGCCACUACUCGAUGAAGAGUCUCAGGAGCGUGACCGCGUCCUGGCUGAACAACAACAGCAUCAGCAGCAACCUGCCGGUCACCUUCAACCCGUUCCCCAGCCACUUGUUAUGCCCGGGGUCCCCGGCAUGGACGGCCAGUCUUCUGGUAACUUUGUCCUACCUGCGGCCCUCCUUGCGCAAUACCCCGCCUUGCAAACGCUGCAAUGGGACCAACUCGCCGCGGCAGGCGAUGACCCCAGUGACAUCGGUGGCCGGAGUAGCUUCGACGCCAGCUCUGGGGGCGAAUUCGGUUUCGACGACGACGAGUCUGGCAUCAGUAGUGUGUCAGGCAUAAGUGGUGGAUAUGGAAAUAAUCAAGGCACCAUGUAUGGCGGCCAGAUGCUCGGAAUGAAUCCAGGGGAUCCUGGAUACGUGGAUCAAAAAUGGAGUUGA